UGCCGAUGCACCAUGCAGAAAUAGUCGAGCUGGCAUCUCGAUGUAUACUACUUAACUUUCCCGUUCGUUAUCCAGAAGAGUCUUUUUUUAAAUAAACAAUUCCUCAAAGCAUCUGUCAUCGAUAAACAUUUUUAGUACCAAUAAUACGUGUAAAAAAAACUAUAAAAAUAAAAAGAAGCAUUUAAAAUAGUGUUCCUAUUCAUAAGUUUUAUUGAAACUGAACAUAACAACAACGAAUAUAACUUAUUAAAAUUAUAAACAAAUAAACUGUGCGCGUACUUUUCACUGCAGUAUAGUGGAAAAAGCAUUGAAUUAAUUAAAGCAAAAGUUGUGCUGUAAAAUAAGAUAAAAUAAAAUAAAAUAAAAUAUGUUAGUUCAAAGGAUUAAAACGUUUCGGUAAUCAUUCAGUUCUAUUUACCAUAGCUUAUGUGAGAAGUUUUAAUGCCAGAAAUUGAAUAUUUCGUUUAAUGAAUGAUAAUUUAAAAUUGCGCUGAAUUUUCUAACUUGAAAUUAUAGCGAAUCCUACGCGAGUGACAUGCACUUCUUCGUGAACCUUUGAAGACGUCAAGAGAAUUUGGCAACACUCCAAUACAGUUUUUCGUAGAACGUUAAACAAAUACCGUACGUUUCUAUUCGCGAUAUGGAAUCGAAUAGAUUGCUUCAAAAAGCUAAGAAAGAAUUCAUCUACUUAAAUCAAAGACUGGAAAAGCAUAACAACUGAAAAAAUUGAAUCUCUUUGAUAAAUUAAAAACAUGUUGGUGCUACGAAGCAAUUAAGAGGACCACUAUUUUACGAUAAUGAUAAAAUAUAAGAGAAUACUCAGCGUUACAAUCCUGAUUGAUAAAAAAUUAAUUUUAGAAAAUUCAGUGAUUUUCUUCCAAAUGAAAUUUCCCAACAAUUAUUAUCGCGUUAUUUCUUUAUUUAAAAUAGUAUUACUAAAUAUUCUUCUAAAAGACGAUUAGAAAAAUAGCAAGUCCAAUAUGCUGCACGUGGAAAAUAUAAAUCACACGAAAAUGUAUUCGCAUCUGUGGGAUGUCAAUUGAUGAAAAACGAAAACAUAAAAAUAUUUUUGAGCGUCACGCGUUAUUGCGAACGUAUCCUGCAUACAUACGAUCAAGAUCAAUCACUCUCCCUUGUUUAAAAUCAUCUUGCGAAAAUGGUACACGUGCAAAGAGACCUCGUGGAGCUCGACUUAACGGAAAACAUAUUACGUAGCGUCCAAUUAUAUUACACCCCGAUUCUAGUCUACUUUGGUUCACUGGGGAAUUGCCUUUCGGUAAUCGUGUUUUUUGGAACGAAGCUCUGCCAGUAUUCCUCGAGCAUUUACCUCGGUGCAUUAGCCAUAAGCGAUACCGGUUUUCUGGUAUCCGUUUUCGUGGUUUGGCUAAAUAUGGUAGAGGUUGGUCUGUUCAAUAAGCCAGGUUUCUGCCAAUUUUUCAUCUACUUAACGACUCUUUGCAGUUUCGUGAGCAUUUGGCUCGUGGUGGCAUUCACCAUCGAAAGGUUUAUUGCCGUGGAAUAUCCACUGUAUCGUCAGUCAAUGUGUACAGUGACUAGAGCAAAAUUGGCAGUCGCUAUAUUGACCAUAUUGGGACUUAUACUGUGUAGUCCGGUUUUAUGGUUUUCAGCACCGCGAUUAGAGUCUAAUGAGAAAGGAAACGUAACAGAGUGCCAUUUGGCGGAAGGACUGGAAUCUUGGGCGAUUGUUUACAAUGUGAUUGACACGGUAUUAACGUUUGCUAUACCGUUCACGGUGAUCAUUAUCCUGAACGUGCUGAUUGCACGAGCUAUUUAUAGACAUAUUAAAAUUAGAAAAUCUCUAACCAACGAACCGCGUAUCGUGAAAGAGAGACAACCAUACGCUCAAAGUUUCCGGAACAAUUUGGCGCAGACCAAGAUCACCAAGAUGUUGCUCGUUGUCUCUAGUGUUUUCCUCUGUUUCAAUCUACCUGCGUAUGUUUUCAGAAUUCACGCUUUUUUACAUUUUCAGGAGGAAAACAAUACAUCCAGAUCAGUGGAAUUGGCGCAACAAGUUUGUAAUUUAUUAUUUAAUACCAACUUUGGAAUUAAUUUUAUCUUGUUCUGCGCAACAGGACAAAAUUUUCGAAGAGCGAUACGCUGCAUGUUUUUGAAACGGUUCCGUAGAAGAAAUGUGACUAUGACUCAAGUGUCGAAUCAAGGAAAGCAAAAUGGUUCAAAUUUUGCACGGUCUACUGCGGGUGCAACAGGUCAACAUGCGAUUGUAUUUACGGAACCAUGGGAAGAAUUUCAUGAAUUAAAUGCUGAAAUGAACGAGCAAUUAUAAACUUACUGGUCUCCGGUUCUGUAGCGGGGAGAGGACCUACGUUCCCAAAAAAUCUUUGAUCCAACAAUUGAAGAAGUUGGAGUGCUGCAUCGUGAACAGGAGCACGGGGAC